AUGGAUUCCUUCAUUUUCCUGGCCUUUCUGACUGGAGCAGUUCGGGCUGCAUCUUGCCCUGGUUAUAGGGCAUCCAACAUUGUAAAGACAACCGGCGUCCUCGCAGCAGAUUUGACGCUCUCUGGAAAUGCAUGCAAUGUUUACGGCCAGGAUAUUAUCGAUCUCCGGUUGCUGGUAGAAUAUCAGACUAAUACCCGGCUGCACGUGAAGAUAUAUGAUGCAGCUCUUGACGUAUAUCAGGUUCAAGAGCACAUUAUUCCGAGACCUGCGAGUCAAAAUGUAUCUGAGUCGGAUGCUGCACUUCAAUUCUCCUUUGAAGAAGAGCCAUUCUCAUUCAUAGUCUCGCGAUCCGAUACUCGGGAAGUCGUCUUCAAUACGACCGGCCAGGAGUUAAUCUUCGAGUCCCAAUAUCUUCAUGUACAGACUGCUUUGCCGAGCAACCCUAAUUUGUACGGGCUUGGGGAGCACUCGGACCCGUUCAGGCUGCCCACAGAGAGAUACCGGCGGACCCUUUGGAAUGCAGAAUCUCCGUUUAUUCCUCGCAACUCGAAUCUUUACGGAAGCCACCCUGUUUAUCUUGAACACCGCGGAAGUUCUGGUAGCCAUGGAGUGUUUUUGCUCAACUCCAAUGGAAUGGAUAUCAACAUCUACAAGGAGGCAGAGGGACAGCAAUACCUCAAAUACGAGACUGUGGGAGGUGUUCUGGACUUCUACUUCCUGGCUGGUCCAAGUCCCUUAGAAGUCAGCAAGCAAUACGCCGAGGUAAUCGGCUUGCCAGCCAUGAUGCCAUACUGGACUUUCGGCUUCCAUCAAUGCAAAUAUGGGUACUGGGAUGUGAACAUGGCAGCAGAGGUAGUUGCUAACUAUUCCGCUGCUGAGAUACCACUGGAGACACUGUGGGGUGAUAUCGAUUACAUGAAUCUGAGACAGGAUUUUACGACAGAUCCUGAGCGGUUUCCUCUGCACAAGAUGCGAGAGCUUGUGCAGACCUUACAUCAACGCGGCCAGCAAUACAUCAUGAUGGUUGACCCGGGGAUUCAUAGAGCGCAGAAUUACUCUACGUUCUUGAAUGGUGAAGAAAGCGAAGUGUUUCUCAAGUCCGACGAUGGUUCUAACUAUCUAGGUGGACAAUGGGCGGGCGAGGUGGUAUGGCCCGACUGGCUGGCACCUAACACGCAAAAGUGGUGGAGGAAUGAGUUUGCGACUUUCUUCGAUCCGGAUCGAGGAAUUGAUGUGGAUGGAGUUUGGAAUGAUAUGAAUGAAGCGUCGAACUUCUGUCCGAAUGUGACGUGCAAUACCACCCAGUUCGAUGACCCUUCAGUGUUUCCUAUCGCACCAACAACCCCUCCUCGAAACAAUACUGGACGACCGAUUCCUGGGUUUCCAGCGGACUUCCAGCCAGAAAAUGGCUCUGAUAAUAAGCUUGGCAGGAGGCAAAGCACUAAUGGGAUGAUGAAAGGGCUCCGCGACCGGGACUUAUUCAACCCCCAAUUCACCAUCAACAACCACCGAGGGGCAAUGAGCGACGGAACGAUAUACACCAAUAUAUCUAACGCUGAUGGUACUGUUCAAUAUGACACUCAUAAUCUGUACGGAGUAACCAUGGUAAUGGCCAGCCGUCAAGCGAUGCUAGCACGCAGGCCCCAAGCCCGGCCUUUCGUUCUCACGCGCUCUACAUUCGCUGGUGCUGGCACACACGCAGCACACUGGUUCGGAGACAACAAUUCAACCUGGGCUGACUAUCGUGUCUCAAUUGCACAACUGCUUGGGUUCUCCAGUAUACACCAAAUGCCCAUGGCAGGGUCCGACGUCUGCGGAUUCAAUGGAGUUGCCGACGAAAAGAUGUGCUCACGAUGGGCCAUGCUCGGAGCCUUCAUGCCAUUCUAUCGCAACCACGCAGUUAUCGACGCACCUUUCCAAGAGUUCUACGUUUGGCCAAAUGUAACGCGUGCAGCGCAAAAGGCCAUCGCCGCGCGAUACAGGCUGCUUGAUUACAUCUACACGGCGAUGUACAGAGCCAGCACGACUGGGUCGCCAAUAGUCAAUCCUUUAUUCUUCAUCUACCCAUCUGACCAGAACACAUUUGGCAUCGAUACCCAGUUCUUCUAUGGAGAUGCCCUCUUGGUCUCUCCAGUCGUCGAAGACUACUCCCAGUCUGUGUCGUUCUAUCUCCCAGAUGAUGUAUUCUACGACUUCUGGACGCUUGAGCAGAUUCAGGGCACUGGUGCUAACAGAACGUUGGACAACGUCGACUGGAACGACAUGCCGGUUUAUAUACGCGGUAGCACUAUUCUACCCUUGCGUAUUGAGUCUGCCAACACUACGAAGAUGCUUCGACAGAACGACUUUAACAUUAUAGUUGCGCCCGGCAAGGAUGGCAAAGCUGCCGGGUCUCUGUACUUGGAUGAUGGCGAGAGCCUAGAAGUCGGGGACUCCUACUCCGAUAUUAGGUUCUCGUGGGAUAGCAAGACAUUCACAGCGUCUGGAAACUUUGGAUUUGCAACGAGCCUUAUCGUGAAGACGGUUACGAUUCUGGGGGAAGGGGGGCCCAUCACGCAACAAGGGCCUUGGAGUCUUAGUGGACAGUUUGAGUUCACAUUGAGCUGA